AUGGCUGCGACUUUACACUCCCACUCUUUUUUAGUCCUUUUGCCAGGUUUCGCGCUCCUUUUCAUCGCCGUGGUCAUUAAGCGCCGAAAGUAUUCCCUGUUACCACCAGGUCCUCAGGGCUCUCUCCUCUUCGGCGUGGCACGAAAGCUUCCGAAGAGCGAACCAUGGAAGACCUAUGCCAAUUGGGCCCGUCUUUACGACAGCGAUGUGAUUUCGUUCCAAGUUUACAACCGCCGCGUCGUCGUCCUCAAUUCCGCGGACUCUAUUUACAACCUGCUAGAGAAACGUCAGGAGAUCUACUCGGAAAGGCCGAUGUCGUGGAUGUACAACGUUAUUUGUGAUCGAGGAAACGCGAUCUUUAACAUUGACUCUUCCGACACUCGGCACAAGCAGUAUCGAAAGCUCAUCCUGUCAGGAUUGGGACCUCGAGGAACGCGAGAGUACGCGACUCUGAUCCAAUCCCAGGCUCAAAGGCUCGCCAGCAAUUUGGUCAGUACGCCCGAGGCGUUCGUCGCCCAUGUCCAAACCAACGCCGUAUCUGUCAUCCUGCGAAUGGCCUUUGGGUAUACGGUCCAAGAAGACGAUCCAUUUAUCAAAGUCAGUGAAGAAGCUUCGAAGAUCUCUGGGUGGGCUACGCAACCUGGCCGAUGGCUAGUAGACUACCUUCCCAUUCUGCGAUUCAUUCCAUCGUGGCUUCCUGGGGCGGAGUGGAAACGUCAAGGAUUAAUGUGGCGUCAGAGGCUACGGCACUUGGCUGAUAUUCCUCACGAAUGGGCGAAGCAACAGAUGGAAUCCGGUGUUUACGAAGAGUCAUUUACUUCGAGACUUCUCCGUGCUAAGGGGGGAGCCCUUUCCCCAGAAGAAGAUGACGUCGUCAAGUGGUGUGCAAGUGGUUUGUAUGCUGGAGCAGGAGACACGACCGUGUCUGCCAUCAUAUCUUUUAUCCUCCUCAUGGCUCUCUACCCAGAGGUCCAAUGGAAAGCACAGAAUGAAGUUUCGGGGGCUGUUGGAAAGCACCGAUCCUCGAUAACUGCUGCGGAUUCUGAAGAGCACGGCCCGCCGUCUAGUCGUGAACAUCACCCCGACCAAACACCGUCCUUCGACAUCUCCUUGAGUGAAAUCCACCAAAUGCCAUAUCUCAACGCGAUAUUGAAGGAGCUUUUGCGUUUCGCGCCUGUGGGUAACCUGGCGCUUCCUCAUAGAGUAUUGCAAGACGAUGAAUAUGAGGGGCGCCUUAUCCCCGAGGACUCUACCAUUAUAGCUAACGUUUGGGCUGUCCUACACGACCCAAACACUUACCCUGAUCCUUUCCGUUUCAACCCUGAGAGGUUCACCACGGAGUCGCUCACACCGCCUCAGCCUGAUCCUCGACGGUGGGCCUUUGGAUUUGGACGUCGAUCCUGCCCUGGUUCGUACUUCGCUGAGACGACGAUUCUCUACGCCAUGUACAAUAUUCUGGCGACUUGUUCUAUUUCGAUUCCGAAGGAAGGUCCCAUGCCUACGGUGGAGUUUACUACGGGUAUCACUAGUCACAUCAAGCCAUUCCCCAUCACUGUUGAGCGACUCAACACGAUUUAA